AUGCUGAAUCAAUCUAAUGAAUACCCCCUAGAAUGCUCCUCAGAAGAUAGAGGGAACUUGGAAGAGAUGCUGGAUGCUCCCUCGCAGGGGAUCAGUAGGAUCACUUUCACGGAUGAUGACAAAAGAAGAAUCUAUGAGCCUUGGAAAAAUGUAGUCAUUGUCAAAUUGUUUGGGAAAAGGAUGCUAUACCAAUACCUAAGACAAAAAAUACAGGAACUUUGGAGACCAAUGGAACAAAUAAAACUAAUUGACCUGGGUGAAGACUAUUUCAUUAUCAAGUUUGUAAAAAGAGAGAACAUGGACACAGCGCUACAUCAAGAAUUUUAUGAUACAAAAACUGUGGAAAGAAUUGGCAACUCUAUAGGUCGUUUGCUAAAAAUUGAUGUGUGCACAUCAACAACUAUAAGGGGAUGCUAUGCACGAUUAUGUGUAGAAAUUCCUUUGGAGCAUCCAGUGCAACCCUACAUUUAUAUUGGUACUCAUAAGAAAUCAAUACAUUACGAAGGAGAGAAGCUGUUUUGCACAAUAUGUGGAAGACUGGGCCACAUUUCGACCCUAUGCUCCUUUGCCCAGAAGCCCUCAAAAUUGAAACACAACCCAGAAGCCUUAGAACAUGACAUAAAUGAAGAUAGCAAAGCAGGAGAAUGGAAGGUUGUCAACUUCAACAAGAACAAGAGGCACCAUGGGAAAAUCGUUUCUUCCAACAAGGUUCUUCCUAAGGAACAACAAGAAGGCCCAGGUAUCUCUGUAAAUCUUUUCCAUGCCAGCACAGGCAAUGAGGGACGAGUGGCACAUGCCCCCUCACUUCAACCCAAUCCAGCCACAGCAUCUCCCCCAAAACCUCCCAUUCUUCUCACCCGACAUUCUAACAGUCAUGAAUCCAAUUUUCCUACCUGGGACACCACCCAACAGGAUCAGGAACAGGUAGUGAAUCAGGAGGUCCCCCAUGCACCACCAUCUCCACCACAAGCCAUGCAAGAACAAAACCUAGAGGAGGCAAAAUGGAGGAAGAGGUCGAGGGACCCUUCAACUUAA